ACACCUCGCCGACGUUUUAAAGUUAUUUUUAACUAAUUUCGAAUUCCUCAUAAUCGCGAUGUUUUCCCCGAUUUUUUAGCGCCCCCCGAUAAACUUGACUACCGUUAGUGAACGUGCAGAAACAUCAGUUUCGCUUUCUAAAUUUUUUUCUGCCGUACAAAGAGUUGUACUUUGUAACCCCGUAGUAGAAUGAUCAAGUUUGUUAGAGGUGCACCGAACCCCGACUUGUUGCCUCCCAGGUUUCGAGAUGAAGGAUCACAGUGUGUAACAUUUCCAGAAAAUGCAAACGCAGUCCUCAAAGCCGAUUUAUACGAUCUCGGACGAAACACCGAAAUAUCUUGGUCAAAGGAUGGAGCCCCUAUUGCUCCUGAUCGUCGUCGACGACUCCACAUUAGCGGCAACACUAUUCAGUUGGCUCUGGAUAGUGUACAGAAAACAGAUGCCGGAAUAUACAGAGUAACGGCUACGUCGCCUACUGGCAGUGCUUCACGCGAUUUGGAGCUCAGAGUGAGCCAAGGAAGCAGCUCAGACAUUGAGGAUGAACCUCCGGCGUUUCUGAGGCGGCUGCACGAUCUUUCAGUCAAGGUUGGCACGAGGACGCGGUUUUUGGUAGAGAUCCGAAGCAGCUCCGAUGUUACGAUAAAAUGGCUGAAAAACGAGCAGCCAGUGACAGAAGGCGAAAGAUACCGGUUUGUAAACGAGGGCAGUUUUCACUGCAUUGAUGUCGCACCGGUUACGACUGAAGACUCCGGACGAUGGCUUUGCCAGGCGGAGAACGUUGUCGGUUUGGCCAAUUCCGGAUGCCAUCUCAAUGUUCUUGUUCCCAAAACUUACAAAGCUCCCGAAUUUAUCGAAGAGCUGAAAGCUAUCCUGACCGACCAGGGCACAGUCGCUCUGGAAUGUAAAGUGGUCGGAGUCCCGACUCCAUUAUUAAGAUGGUUCAAAGAUGGAAAAGAGAUUCGUCCAGGCGAUGUGUUUGCUUUGACCGUCGACCCAAAUGAAGACCCGACUUCCUUAGGAACGUAUCUAUGUGAAGCGGUCAAUUGCAUGGGAACCGCCACAUCCAGCUCUAGAUUACACAUAGUGGAACAUUCCGGAGAAGAAAAAUCGAGGAUUUCUGGAAGUCCGAUCCCUACUGGGCCUCCGCCGACUUUUAUACGAGACUUGAAAAACGAAGAAAUCAAAAUUGGCGAUCCCCUAACACUAUCCUGUCAAAUAUCGGUACCUCCUUGGCCCAAAUCCAUUGGUUGGUACAAUUCCCAAGGGAAAAUUGACGACCAAUCACCACAAAGCAGGUACAAAUGUUUGGCCGAUGGUAUCGGAGGAUACGUUUUGGAAGUGCGCCCUACCGAAGCCGAAGACCAAGGAGAAUGGAAGCUGGUGGCCACCAGUCAAGAAGGCGCAAUCUCCAUUUCAACUUGUGAUAUAAACAUGAUUAUUCCCAAGCAUUUCAAGAAACCGCGAUUCUUGGAUACACUGAAAGCAGUAUUAACUGAAGAAGGAUUAGUGUCCUUUGAGUGCAAAGUGGUCGGUUCGCCUACUCCUUUGCUCAGAUGGUUUAAGGAUGGCCAAGAGCUCAAGCCUGGCGAUGUUUAUCAGCUGACUGGGACCAAUUCUUUAGGAUCCUAUUGUUGUAUUGCGAAGAACUGCAUGGGCGAGGCCCGCAGUUCUGCAGAGCUCACAGUGGAGGACAUCGAAAGCCAGCUGAACGACGAGGAGAGAGCGCAACUCAUUUCAGCCAGCCAGGCUCCCAAGUUCUUGCAUGGGCUCAAAAGCGAAGAAGCCAAGAUUAAUGAGUCGUUCAGAUUCACUGUACAUGUAAGUGUUACGACUCCACUCCCAACCCUCUCCUGGUACCGCGAUGACCAGCCGAUCGAAAAUGAGCCCGAAAAGUACUUCGUAGUCAGAGAACACUUAGGAAUUUGCCAUCUGGAUGUGCGACAGUUGGAAUUCAACGAUCAAGCAGAGUGGAAAUGCGUUGCAACCAAUGAGUUUGGCCACUCAGUCACUUCAUGCUUUUUAAGACUAAAUAUACCGAAACAUUUCAAGAAACCCAAAUUUUUGGAGUGCUUGAGAGCAGUUCUUUCAGAGGAGGGAGCGGUUAAUUUGGAGUGCAAAGUCAUUGGCGUACCUCAGCCAGUCUUGAAAUGGUACAAGGACGGAGUUGAACUAAAGCCGGGCGAUAUCCACAGAAUUACUUCAGGCGAAGAUGGCACGUGCUGCCUGGGCACGUAUACGUGCGAAGCCAGAAACUGUAUGGGCACGGUGGCGAGUUUCGCUUCCCUACUAGGCUUUGAAGACCAAAAGGCUCGCCAAGAAGAGCGGAUGGAGCUGGUCAGGCAGCCAUCACUGUCCACGAUUCACGAAGAAAGAACUUCGCAAAUGUAUGACACUGCUGGUGAUCAGUCAGUCACCAUCGGCACUGGUGAAGUUUCAUUUUCGUUCGAUGGAAAGGAAGUUUCAGUGUCGUUAUACGAAACCCCCGAUUUGACUGAGGAUGAGGCGUUGCAGAUUGUCGAAAUGUAUGCUGAGCAGCUAUCCGAGCACGUAUCCGAACACAACAUGAUCGAGCUACCUCCUCUGCGCUUCAUCAAGGAGUCCUCAACAUCAGGAAAUCUUCUGAUGGAAGCCGUGAUUGUGGAUGUAUCUGACGAAUAUUUUAUGACCGCCGACGAAGACCUCAGAACAGAGGCUGAUGUGGACGAAAUUUACUCGAUAACCGACGAAGGUGGUCACGCUCUAUCGUCCAUAACUUCGGAAAAGUUAAAAAUCGACUUGACUUCCAGUAGCGGCGAUGCUCCCAAACGCCCACCAAGGAAAUCAGAUUCACAGAAGAGCAACAGUUAUUACAGUCUAUCGAAGAACAUUUCUAUGGACUCCAACAAUGAGAGUCUGGCCGGGGCUGCUGAGCUGGACAGUGAGAGCUACGGAGACUUUGAAAGUGCAAUGAGUUCCGAGCGGCAUCAUCUGGAGGAGGACAACAGAGCUUUCCAGGUGGCAGCCAUCACAGAAACCACCAGCCUUCCAGACGAAGAGGCUUUGCAGGAGGAAGCCAGAAGGCCUCUUACCCCUAGAACCACUCAUGAAAUUGGUUCCGAUUUAAGGGUAAAUCUCAGUGAAAGCCAGGAAAUUAAAAGGCCGAAAAGGAGAUCGUCGCAAAGUUCAGACGAACUCCUAAGAGAAACCCUUCAAAGAACCAGCGAUAUACUAGAGAUUCCUCGCGACAUACAAGGCGAAGAAGGAGACGGACUGGUGAUUGAUCCUCAAGUGCAAGAAGCAAUAGAACAGGAACUCAAAGAGGAAGAACUCAAAGUGAUAACCGAGUUGAAAUUGACGUUGGUCGAACUGCAACUGAAGCUGUCCAUUGUUCAAGAGGAUGUCCUUGCCCAGUCCGCUCUUAAAGCUACUACAGCAGCUGCUGAUCGAAGCAUUGACGUGUUAAAGAGCAUUGCUCAACCAGUGAUGGACAUUCAGACCGUCUUUGAGAGUCUGGAGCAAAAGGAAGGGGCACAGAUUACAAGUUCUCAAGAAAUCUCGAUAGUUGAGCUGCUGGCGCCUCCAAUAUUCGACCUGCAAAAGAGCUUAGGUGUUGUAGAAAAGUGCGUAGCGAUGAAAGGACGAGAGCACACGUUAAUCCAGAAAACAUGCAACAGCAUUCUGGAAAAUGUGGGAGAUCAGUUGAUGCAUAGUUUAGAUAACGUUGAGAAAAUUACGCUACUAGAAAAAGAGCUAGAUCGGACUAAAGCAUCAGGACGAAUCACUCCAUCGAAAAUCACUCAGGAAGUUUGCAUCACUUUGAAGGAGAUUCGAAACGAAUUGAUAAAGACCGAUUUGAUUAUCAGAGAGGGCAAAUAUAAGCAAGAUCCGGAGUCGAGUGCUUCGGAACAGUCAUCUUCAGCCAAAGAUGCCGAUCUUUUGAUGAAGUUUUUAACACCAACUUUGCAGAUUAAAGACAAACUGGAAAGCCUAGAGCGUACAGUUGCUUACGAAGACCCAGAUCAAAUGUACAGUCACCUCAAUGAGGCCAUUUUGGAGAAACUCUCAGAGCCCAUAAAGUAUUUGCUUAAAGAAUUAAAAGUAGCAGAAAAGCAGGCUCUGCGAUAUGCUGGAGAAAAGUCGAUGUCGCAGGAAAUUCGCCUAGCAAUUUUAGACAAAACCUCUGUACCGAUUGGUGAGCUAUCGCGCGGUUUAAACGUGAUAAAAAAUCAAGAGCCUGGAGAUAGACACUCUGGAGUCAUAUCCAUGAAUGUUCUGGAAACUUUUGCUGGUGCCAUCGAAGACAUCAUCACUUCCAUUACAAGGAUUCAAGCAAACGUUGGCACUCCGGAACCCACAAGCUUAUCUUCGGAGCAGCAGGAGGAACGAUCGCAGGAAAUUUUCAAAGAUGUCUUCGAACAAGUUAGCCAAAUUGUGUUUACCGAUACGUCUCAAGCAGUGGCCGAUUUGUUAUUCAACAUUGAAACCACUCAACGUAAUAUUGGUGACACUAUUUUGCUAGAAGCCUUACGACAACUGGCUACUCUCCAGAAAGACUUAGCUUCUACCGUUGAAAAGGCUGGAGAGCACCGAAAUGAGACUGUCGUGUCAUCGCUUGAAAAUAUGAGCCAACACAUCAAUCUGCUCAACAAUUUUGUCACCGAUUUAACACCAUCCAGCAAUGUGACUGCUUUAGUGGACUGUGGUGUAGUCCUUAGUAUACUUGAAGAUGGAAUUACCUCCGACCAAGCCACUUUGGAGCCAGGAGAAUUGAAAGAAGUUUACUCAGGACUGAAGGAAAGAGUUGAUAGCGUACGAAAGAGCAUUUCCGAGCUAAGCGAGCAAAGUCAGCCGGCUCAAAUCUUUAGCGAGGAUCGGGAAUCUGAAGAAAACGUGGUGGUGAUAUUGGACGAUUCUUCAACCACAGUAGUACCCGAUACGUUGUUGGAAGACACCCGACGCACUCUAACAGAUUUGCAAAGAAUAUCGGCAGAUCCGGGCGCUCAACUAGUUUUAGAGCCUCUGCUGCCCCACGCCAUAGCCUUGUAUGAAAUCUCAAAUGAAGAACUGCUGAGGAAAGCCAAAGCUGAACUUACAGAAGAAGAUCGCAUUCGACUGCAGCAUUGUGUGGUUCCUUUGGAAAUGAUCGAAGAUCGUAUUAUUGAGGCGUUAGACUUUGUGAUGCUCACCCCUGGUAUACCGCAGAGAUCGCAACUGAAGAAUCUGUUGGAACAUUUGCAGUACAAUGUGGCAGUCAUGCACCAACAAGUUUUGGACGAAACUCCAUUUAAUGACAGAAGAGAUUCUAUCCACCACUUAGAAAGCCUGAAGAGGUCAAUGGCUUCAGUGCAAAACCUGCCGUUUAUGUCGGAAACAACCCAGCAAGAGCUUUCGACUUCGCCCGAGAUCAUUAGAGCCGUAAUCGAAAACGUGUCAGAACUGGAGAAAAACUUAGGCAUGCUUUACGAAACAGCAAUGGCACAAGGCAUGGAGCAAGUUCCUCCCGAGUUGUUCCAGGUCGCCUCGGAGGUGACCCAAUGCGUAGAUAAAUUAAAGCAAUUGCCUUUAUUCGCCGAGCAACAGGACGUGCCUGUUAUGACUAUUGAAGAUAUCGUUGAAAUCCGCAAUUUAUCUGCACCUUUGCGAAAAUUGAGCUUGACAAUUGAUAACAUGCAGAAGGACGAUGAACUAAGACGCGAAGCGUUCAUAGCCAUUCGCGAGCCACUUAUUCAGAUUGCUGAAAUCCUGGAACACGUUCCAGAGGACUUAAAAAUUCAGCUCUUCACCCUCCAUCAGCCCUUGCAAAAUGCAAUCGAAAUCAUCAGCUUAGAGCAGCACAAUUUCGAAAUCCAAAUCGAGGAUUUCGAACAGUUGAGGGUCAUCGGCGAUGCUAUAGCCGAGCUUGUGCAGUGCAUUGUUAACAAAAACAUAAAUAACUUUGAGCCAAUCGCGUCUGACCUCGCCCAACGUAAUGCCUCGCUGAUAGACGUUCUUGAUAACAUGGAAACACUCAGCCUGAUGGACAUAGUUUACGCCGUAAGAGAGUUUGCGGAUUCCAUCGAACAAGUAACUAGCCAGUUUGCGAGUUCGUCCGAAACAGCGCCUGUUGCCUCUGCUUCGCAGGACAAUGCAAUAGUGGAAGAAGAGUUGUGCUUUAAAAGCCUGGAGCCAUUGAACGAAACAUUGGAGCAGCUCCAACAAGCUGAAGAUCUGGCUGAGAGGCAAGUUCUACUAACCGAGAUCUCAGAACUAUUGCUGUCUUUGGAUCAAGCUUCAAGCGACAUAAAAGAAACAGAUGUUACCAGCAUUGAUACAGCUCUACAGAGCUUAAACCGCGCCGUUCAAAUAGUCCUCAAGAACCACCAGUCGGAAAAGCCGAUACCUGUGGAAGAGUUUCAGGAAGUAGUAAAUGACCUUCUGGCUGUGGACGCCUCAAAAUUGAUUUCCCAUUUAAUCGUUCCAGUCCAAAGGGCAACCAUCACACUAUUUAAAAUCGUCUCAGAGAUCGAGUCUGAACAGGGUUCGACCUCAGUUUACCCCAGAAACAUUCCCGAUUUGAAACGGGCUAUCGAACUAGUCGAAGGCAGCUCCGUGCUAAAAAAAGAUGCUCUAAUCAAGAGCCUCAUGGAUAUUGUAUCUACGGCUGAAGCUAAUGCAGACCCAGAAAGUGUAGAAAAAGUCGAAACUUUGGUUCAAAGCCUAUCACAAGUGGCAACUGAAAUUUCCCUGGCGCCUGCUUUAACGUCCCAGGAUAUUAACCGAACAGCUGAAAGUGUAAGAACGGCUGUGGAAGACCUUCAACUACCCUCACUAUUCAGUUCCCCGAUGGAAAACAUCCAGCAAGCCUUAGUGGAACUGAGCAAAGCCAUCGCUGUUAAAGAGCAACGCGUGAAGAAGCUUGAAAAAGUCAAAGCGUAUGUCAUCGAAUUGGAACUAGCGGAUAUCCAAACCCCUCUAGUGGGAAAUAUCAGCCAUCUUUUGGAAAAUGUGCAGUCGGCUAUUUGGCAGGAUAUUCCCGAACAAACUGCUGAGAUCGACACUGUCUUGGAAACCGUGGAGGAGCUGACUCAGGCUAUGUGCGAAGAAAAAGACCUCGCCACUAGUCUUCAUGAGGACAGCAAUACCAUGCAGGGCUUGAAGAAAGCGAAAGUCGUUCUGGAAAACAUCAACGUACCUCCCGAGUUGGGCGAUGAAGUCAAGGCUUUGUCCCAAAGCAUUACCGCAGCUCUACAGCCGAAGGAAAGCUUUGUGCCAUCCACGGAGAAGCUAACCCAGUGUUUGGAGAAGCUUAAAGAAGCCAACGUGAGCCAUCAAAUCGUCGCAACUAUCCAGCAACUACAAAGCAGUUUGAGUGUGCAAAAUUUAGAAAACUGCGACAACAAAGCUGCAGUAGAGCAACUCUUGGAAUUUAUAAACGACGCUCUUUGCAACAUGCUGGACACUACGAAUUUCCCCGAUGCUCUGUUAGAGCCGUUGCAGUCCUACAAAGCCAAUAUUCCCCAAAUAUCGGAACUGAUUCAAUCAGUUGAUGAUGGUUUGCAUGACUUUCUCCAUUAUAGAGCUAAGGAGGACGUUAUUAAGUCUCUGGAAGGAUCUUUGGCAGAGUUGAAGGAAUUGGCUAAGAGCAAAGACACUGACAAAGAAAAAAGAACCUUGGCUGACGAUCUGAGCUUCACUGUGCCAGUUAUCCAGAUGGAUGUAGCAUCGACCCCGCUGGAAUCCAUUUCACAAUCGGAUUUAGAAUUUGUGCUUAAUGCACAGGAAAUCAUCUCCAAACUGAUCUCCUUCAUUAAGAGCACUUCCAGAACAUGCACAGAGGUGUCAAGUGAAGUGGCCGAUUUCUUGGACAAUUAUAAAGUCUUUGAAACGAAAUCUCAGCUAGUUCAGCACGUCAACUUGCUAAUCAAUAAGGCCUUAUACGGAUUGAAGGAAAUCCAGAAGCAGGAGGCCGAGAAGUAUUUCCUAAAGCUCCAAAACAUCCAACUAGUGUCCGAGUCAGUGCAAACCCUGGCAAAAAGUGUGGCAGCCAUCAAGGGCAAAAACGUUGAUCCUGAACGAAUCUUGGCACUUCAAAAGUCUCUCUAUCCACUACAGAUGGCCAUCAACGAUCUAAUUGAGACCAACCUUUCGGACAGCGACUUCAAGUUCUUAGAGAACACCUCAAAAAUAUUCGAAGACGUCGAAGCUUUCAUAACCAGUAAACUGAACACUAGAGAAUUCGCAGCUCCAGUUCAGAAAGAGCAGAUCAUGGUGUUUCUAGACAUCCUAAAUCGAGCAGUUAAAACUGUCGGCGAUAGUUCGCCCAUCAAAACCAUCACUGCUCAGCUGAACACUCUCAUUGUGGAGCUUCCUCAUAUUGCCGAUGCUUUGGAGGAAUCCCAUGCUGAAGAGCUGAAAACUGAAAUGGCUAAAAUACUUGUCGCUGAACCUCUAGCUCGAAUUGAGCGGACUAUGGAAUCCCAAAGUGACGUGGCCAUUGAUUCUGAUCUGCAAACAGUGGAUACCAAUUUGGAAGAAUACCAAAAGGGUUGUGAAACAUAUUUCAACGAGGAAGAAAAGAAUAUUGUGAAAGAUUCAAGGUUGCUUUUAGAAACAGCAAUUAAGGCCUUCAAAGAAUCGCAUGUUCUGGAGGUGGAGCCUGAAGCCCAUGCGAUUGAGAUUAAGUUAGAAGGAAAACAAGGGCCAGUGAUUACUGUGUCCAGAAACAUCUUGGAGACGUGCCGACGAGUUGCACAAUAUUUGCAGAAACAAAAAGAAGAAAAGGAACAAGCAGAAGGCUCGAUUCCGAAAAAUGAAGCAGUCGCUGCUUUAGACACACAAAUAGUCGAUAAUGUACCUUUGCUUCAAUCUAGCCCAGUUCUAGCUCCAGAGGAAUCAACUGAAGUCAAAGAUGAGCAGUUGGCUCUUCAAACUUCAUUGGAACUGACUGAUGAAAAUGCAUCUACUCAAAUUUCUGAUGCAGUAAUCGAAACCCCCGAACUGGCCAGUAUUCCUGCACUCCAACAGGAACAAGAAAACAUUUCCUCAGAGCAGGUAGAGAUUCUGAGCGCUGAAACUCAGCUGGAGCUUCCAAGCGCGUGCUUAAAUACUCCCCAGGGUAGAGAAGAAACAACCAUUGAAGCAAAAGAGGAUAUUUUUGUGGAACCGAUUUCUUCCGGCCCGCAUGAAGAGCCAGCGGACGAACAUCUUGAAGAGAGUGCUGAUUUGGUAAAGGAAAUCGUUGCAUCGACGCUGACUUCCCCAGACCAAAUUGAGCAGGUUUCAGAAAAACCCAAUGCUGAUGCCAAUGAAUUCAUUGGGGAAACACUUGCAGAAGUCGAGACCAUAACAAGUGAAAGAGGUGCAGAUGUAUGCAUCUCUGACAUAUUGGAAGCUGCAGAAGAAUCCGCUGCUCCUGAAGCUUCUGCGGAAGCCAACAUUCCCAGAGAGGACCCUGCAAUGCUUUCGUCUUUAAAAUCUCUCCAGUCCUCAAUUUCAAUUAUAGAAAACCAGCCGUUAUCAGAAGAAAAGCGAACGGCUGUGCAUGAGCUGGAGAAAUCGAUCUUAGCUGACGCCAAACAGUUGCAGGUCACUUUGCAGUCUGUGCAAGUAGCAAAUCUAACUACACAGGAUCAAAGCGCUCUAGCCAUAGCUGACAAAACCUUGUCAGAAAUUCAGAACCUGAUUAAAUAUCAAGAUCAAGCCACCGCUCUUGAACAGGCUGAGGCAGCGGCUGUUCCUUCCAUAGAAUCAACUAAGAAAAUGAUUGAAGACCUGCGCCUGGCCGUAGUGGCUACGGCAAAAGAUUCCAAAGUGCGUGAAACAAUCGAGCCUUUGGAGCAAACAAUGAAGAACGUCGUUAAUUUGAUGGAGUCCAUUGCACUGGAGAAGGAUUUCAAGUCGAAGAUAACCAGAUCUGUGCAGCUGAUAAGCGAAAGCAUUGCGAAACUGAAAUCGGAUAAAUUAUCUAAAGCAAAACUUACCAAUUUAUCUAACAUAGACGACGCAUGCAUUAAGCUCGUUGAAACUUUAAACUCAAUUGAGGUUCAAGUCGAUGUUGAACAGAAAGUGGUUGAUUUAACUAACGACUGUUUGGGCAUCAUUCAGGAAUAUCUUGAAAUCUUCUCUAAACGGCCAACAUCAAGAGCACCUAGUCAGAGUAUAUCAGAAAAAACACAGGAAUUCAAAGUGGCAAUUCAAAGCGUUCCUCAAGAAUCCAACUUGACGCCUCUUAGGGAGAUUAUUGAGGCCAUGGUCGACAAUGUGCUGAAUCUGCUUAAGCCUGAAACUCCUCCUCCAACUGCCCCUUGCAAGCCCCUACAGUAUUUGCAAAACUCUUUAAGAAACCUUCAGGAGUCUCUAUCAGUUUCUGAACCAAGUUCAGAAAAUAAGUCGAGGAAGAUCCUGAUUACUGAAAUACCCAGACCAGUGACAACGCUGCAGUUCAUUGCUAGCACCAUCCUGGAAGAGAAGAAAGACAAGCUUGGGUCUGUUGACCUCAAUGUUCUGAAAACCACCAAUGACGCCGUGCAUAAGAUCCUUACUAUUGUCGAGGAAAUUGAAUAUAGACCAUCCAAAGACCAGAUUCUCAUCCUGGAUGAGGCCCGCGACAAUUUGAAGAUAUUGCUCGCCUGCAUAAACCAAGAGUCCCAGAUCAAGGACUUCAUCGACCCUUUGCAAGACAUCUUGAAAAGCAUUGAAAAGGCUUUGGAGAGGGCGUUGUUUACCGAUCAAGAGGAGCGCGACAAGAAAGAGCAUGUCCUUUACGAGCUGGGUAAAUCACUGCAGAAGCUCGACAAGCAGUUGAGCACUGCCGACAAUCCAGCUAUCCAGAGCUUUAUUGACGAAAAGCUGCAAAAGCAUUUGAAGAAUAUUGCCGAAACGAUCAGCCAGCAAUCUUCUAAGGACAUUGUCACCAACCAGGAACUGGACAGCCUGCAAAAACUGUCGGAGUCUAUUGAAGGGGUCAGUGAUAACCUAAACGACAAUCUAAGUGAAAAGUUGCAAUUGCUGAACGACCAUUUAACGGACAUUAUUUCCAUCAACGAACAGGCUAAGGCCCUGAAAGCUCCGGAAGCCCAGCAAACCUUAGCAGAGUCCAUUAACGAGUCUCUAGAAAAGCUUCGAGGGGCUUUGGACUUAACGCAUCUUGUCGUUGAGAAGUCACAGGCCUCAACCGACAUCACUCCAUUGGUCGAACUAAACAAUUCCUUAAAAGACUUCUUGAGCUUUGUCGUAGUCGCUAAACAUAUAUCAGACGGCAACUUGAACUUGUUUGAAAACUUUGUAACGCCCUUAGAAGAGCUGCAAAUGGCUCUAAAUGAUUGCUUGGGUUCCAAGGUAAUUGAGGCGGAAAUGGUUUUGCUUCGGGAUAUUGCGGCUCGGCUGAAGAAAAUGUCCGCCAGCUCCACAGGAGAUGUCAGCAACCUGGAUAUCAAAGACUUCUCUGAUGAUAUCGACUUGUUGCAAAAUAAGCUCAUCACAGUGUGCAUGAAAGCAGUGCUGGUCGCCGAUAGGGAUAAGUCGGUCCUGCAAAGACUGCUUCUUCCAUUGGAAAACAUCUCCAAGGCGAUUGUGGUAAUGCAGCGAGAGCUGGCUGGACGAACAGCCCUAAGAAACACCCUCAAUAGGUUUAUUGUCGCUGGCCAUUGCUUGGAGGCAAGCAUUGAAAACACCAAAGAGCUACUAGGCAUCUUGGAACCACUGAAGGCUCUUGCUGGUGGUUUUAGAGACCAAAAAAACCCGGAAACUAUAUUGGAAGUGGUUGAAGCUUCCAGAAGCCAGCUUGAAGCUUUGCUGAAUGCUCUCAAGUCAAGCCAAAGUGCUUCAGUUUCCAACCUGCAGAACGCGUUGGAAAUCUUGCUGCAAAUUCCAUCAGAAAACAUCAUUGCAAACCACCUGGGCAACAUUGUCACAGGCCUGGAAGAGUUGAAUCGAAGCCUUUGUGCCGAAACUGUUGAAAACCCCCAAAAUCUCCUGAAGGAAGCCGUUGGUGCAAUUAAAGAGGACUUGAAGGCGAUGGAAGCUGAUAUUGUGGAACAACAACCAGAUGCAUCAACUGCUCUAAUUACGUGCUUGGAACUACUGGAACCAGUGGAACAACUAGCCGAAGAAGUGGCGAAAGUCGCUCAAGAAGAACCGGCUUUACAGGAAGCUUUCAGUGUCAUCGACACCUCUCUGAAAAAGCUGUCCAAAACGCUUCUGAUUGUAAAAACCGUGCUGCAUAAGCCAGUGAUAACAGAACUGGAACACGCGGAGCUUCACCAAGCUAUUCAGGGCUUCAAAGAAGCCAUCAAGAUAAUUGAACAGAAACCCGAGCUCAAGUUACAGGCAUACGCUCUUGAACCGCUCAAGUCGCUUACAGCCAAAAUUGAGCAAUUAGAACAGGAUUUGCCGGUAGCCCAGCAGGAACCCGACGCCAAAGACUUAGAUCUGAGCAUAUUGCGCGACAACCAAAUCGAAACAUCUAAGCUAUGCGGCCUUAUCAAAGACGUGUGCACCGACGCACCUGAUUUAGUUCUUCUAUUGGAGCUUCUGGAGCCGUUGGACUAUCUGCAAGACUGCCAGCAAAACCUUCUGAAUUUGUUCGCAAACCACUUGGUGGGAGAGUUUGAGGACUGCGACAAAGACAACGUGUCCAAAAUGACUGCUGAGCUGAAGACGAUUUUCCAAUGCGUUGACACGCUCAGUUUUGCCGACAAGAAAUUUCCACAAACAGCAAUCCCCGAAUUGAAUUUGCUAAGAAAUACUGCGCUAACAAUUACUACCUCAAAGUCCAGUCCGGCUUUGGAAUAUAUUCAAGAACCGUUGAAGUUGCUGAAUGUGAAAAUCGAACACAUAUGUGAGAAACUUGGCCAGUUGCAAACAUCAGCAACUUCUCCAAGUGCAGAAAGUGUCGUAAAACCCUUCACACUACUGCACGAAGAACUGAAGGCUUUGAAACACAAAGCGGAACAGUCGUCGACGAAGGCUCAGCCAGGAGUUUUGGCAAUUACUUUUCUGGAACAUACAGUGGGCGAACUGUUAAAUGCCGUCGAAAAUUCCUCUAAUCUAAAUCCGGAAGCUUUGGCACAAGAAUCAGCCGUUGUCGCAGAAAUAGGCGCCCCAAUCCAAAGUCUAGCCUUAUUGGUCAGGCAGGUGUCUCAUGAGCUUGACCAACCAAAGGAAAGUACCAAAGUGCAAGUAGUCACCUCAAUUUCGGCUGUAAAGGAAGCAAUUGAAAAUGUGCCUCACAGCACUCAGCUACCAGUUAUCGGGUUGCCUUUGCAAGCAGUCACUGCUACGUUAUCCCAGCUUGAGACACUGCUCAAAAAUGAAGAAGCGCCAACUUCCGCUACUUUGAAUACAAUCGAACCCUUAUUGGAACCAAUCGAGCAGAUUUCCCAAAAUGUUGCAACCCUGCAAAGCAAAUUCACCCAAUUGCAGCUGGUUCCCGAGCAAGCAGUUGAGUCAGUUAUUCGAGUUUCUGGUGCAUUGAAUGACUUGAAAAAAUCGCUGGAAGAAGCAGCGAGCGGCCCUGAAGCAAACGAAGCGACAUUGAAGGCAAUAGCCCUAGAAACUAAAGCCCCCGUUGAGAAGCUAAACACUGCUCUAGAGGAGAUUUCAGGAGACAUUGAGAGACUCGAAGAAUCUCAAAAGAACCAGUUGAAAAGUGCUAUAUUGGAAUUGAAAAUUGUCGUAGACAAAGUUUCUCAAACUGCAGAAAAACCGAUCAUUCUGGAUGUUUCCCUAAGUGCACUUUCGGCCGCUUUAAGCAGUGCAACUGGAGCAGCAGGAGCCCCAGAAGAAGGCCAAUCCGCCGAAGACUUAACUGUUCAAAAUGAGGAUAGGGACCUAUCCAAGGCAGGACCUUCUGGGGGCGAUAAAGGAACUUUAAGAGAUUUACUGAAGCCCUUAACUACAAUACAUCAAAAGGUUGAAGCAUUGAAGAUGAAAAGCGAGAAAUUGCAACCAGAGCUUCAGCAGGGAGUCCUGUCAGUCAUUAAAGUGGGAGAAUCUAUAGCAGAGCUGCAAGUUGCUUUGGAGGCAACAGCCGAUUUAGCAGAAGCAAGUGAAGAAACUUUGCAAAUUGCGGAAGCACUAAAACUUCCUGUGGACAAAUUUGAUGUUGUUCUCAGCCAAGCAACUAGAAUUGAAAUUUCGGAGUUUAAAGCUGUAGAAUUUCUAAACGCUGUCCUUGCACUCAAAGAGACGGUGCAGAGAAUUACUAACCAAGCGCAGGCAGUUGAAACCGUAGAAAUUAAACUUAAAGCUUUAGUAGCCACAUUGGAAAAUGCUGAAGAAAAUCUGGCAGUAGAUGUAAAACAUAUUGAACCACCAGGUUUAAGUUCAAGCAUUGAAACAGAAGCAGAAACGUUGCGGCUUGAAGAAGUUCACAAACAAGUUGCGAUUGCCGAAGGACAAGUUCUGGAGGAAGUCCAAAGUAUAAUUAAAGAAGGAAAUCUAGAAAGUUUACCUGAAACAGUUGGGGACGAAAAUGUACUCAGAGUAUCAGAAGGAGAACAAACUAUUGUUGCGAAAGAGGAUGAAAUUGUCGGUGUAUCAUUGGAGUUGUCUUCAUCGGAUCAUGCCGAAUUCCCGAAGGAAGAAGUUUUAGAAAUUAAGCUUGUUGAAGCUACAGAUGAAUCAGCUUCGACAGAGCAGAAGCAAGCAGUUAAGGAAAACGACGAAGGAAAAAUCGCAACAACUUUAGCAGAAGAAAUCAAACAAACUGAAGUUGACGACAAAGCAAUUUUACCACAAGCAGAAGCAGAACCAGGCGAAACGCUUCCUACAGGUGAAGUAGCAGCAGAAAACAUACGGGAGACGCACACUCAAGUUGCCGAAGCUAAAACAAAUCAAGACAAAGACAUAAUUGAGCAAAUUGAAGUGCAGAGAGCCGUAGCACAAACAGAAAUUAUUCAGCAAAUUCUGGAUACCACGACUGAUCAGACUGUACUUGUACAAUCUGAGCAAGCUCCAGAACAAGCUGAAGUCCCUAUCCAAACUCAAGAGGAAGCAGCGAAAGAAGCCCACCUAACAGAAGCGAAGGAAGCUGAGGUCGUUCCACACGAAGCCCAGUCGUCCCUUUCACUAGAGGCUCCAGAUUUAAAAGAAGCCGAUGAGAAACCCGAAAGCCCGGUCCAAAUUGAAGCUGCAAACAUUGACGGUGAAAAGGAAAUUUCUAAAGAACCACCAGCACCAAGAGAGAUAAUUCCCGAACCGAUUACUGAAGCUGCUGCACAAAUAGGUGAAAUUGGAACUGUAACUGAAACACUCCAAACAGAACUUGAAGGGAUGCCAGAAGUUGGUGAGAGGCAACUUAAAGUCGAAACCCCGGGUGGGGUUGAAGUAGUAUCAAGUGAAUCCCUGCAGGUGACAGAUUCUGCAAUUGAAUCUAGCAAGGAAGCUGACAAAAAAACCAUCCAGCCAGAAGAAGUUAAAGAUGAAGCCCUCAAAGAGAGCGAAGGAAGUCUUUUGCAAGACGAAGCUGGAUUGCCAACGAUUGAAUCGAGCCAAGAAAUCCCACAGCAAAUCGUACAGCCUGUAGAAACACAGACAACAGUUGAAGUGCUGCCAACAGAGCAGCGCGAAGUUCAAAUUGAACCAAAAAAUGAACCAGCUGAAGUUAGUGCACCAGAAACACUUCAACAUAAGGAAAAAGUUCAAGUUGAAGACGCUCCAAGGGAACAAGGAGAAGUUUCCAGCAAACCAGAGGCAGAAAGGGAGGCUGUAAGUGCAGACGUUACUAAAGCCGAAACUGACCAAUCGAAGGAUGAACCAGAAACCCCAGCAUUGCCAAAAACUGCGGCAAAAAAUGAUCAACAACAGUCAUCAGUUGAUACACAAAUAACUGAAGUUUCAAAAGUGAAAGCUCCCUCCAAGGGCAAACAAAUAUUGGGAAUCGUGGCCGAAUUGAGCAAGAAGCUCAACAUUGAGGCUGUGAUAUUAGGCGGCAAGUCAAAGGAGUCGCACAAAGAACAAUCAUUUUCGUUGGCUGGUCAAAUUGAAGAGGGCGUGGCCGAGCUGUGCACCACAUUGAAUGAGUUGGCCAAUAGCGAAGCUGCAGCAUUGGAAAUGUCUGAAGAGGAAGUUACUAAUAUCACCACUUUAGUGCAGCCUUUGGAAAAAUUAUGCGCAAUCAUCAAUCAAACUAGUGAGCAAAUAUCAACUUUGGAAGUUGUCCCCGUGGAAGCACCGGAAGUUCAACAGGCUGUAGUCACUUUGCAGGAGACCAUCAAUAACAUUACCAGCACAAGCCCCAAAUCUGCUACUUUCAGUGCUUUGCUAGCGCCUCUGUCCAAAUUUUCGCAAACUCUCGUGAGUAUAAGAAGCAGCUUCAGUAAGCCUCUUCCUGUUGCUCCAAAAGUUCCAGUCUUAUAUGAACCUGUUCAGCAGCUUUCCAGUGAGAUAGAAGCUUUUAAGCAGACAUUAGGAGAUGUGGCUUCAGUAGAAGAACAACAGGCUGCCAUGUCCAUAACCAACAUCGACUUAGCCUCGCUAAAAGGAGUUUUGGAAGAGAUAUCCAGCAUUCCAGAAGACCUCGAAUUAGCAUUAGCCACAACCAAGCUGGUUCAGCCACUGCGACGAUUGGCAGCAGCAGUUGUGGAGGCACGAGAACAUCUUCUACAUCCCCAGUUGAAGUCUCAGCCCCUUAAAAUGCACCAGGCAAUAAUGGCUGUUAGGAAAUCAAUCGAAGAACUUCCCCCAGGUCAAAAGCUGCAAAUUAUGGAUUUGCCUCUCAAAGCUCUAGCAGCUAGUUUGGAAAGUAUCGAAAAAUCUGAGUCUUUUAAGCCAAUAAAGGAACUCAUCAAAGAAGUAAAAGUUCUAAAACAAAGUGUUGAAGACAUCAGCGUAAAACCGCAGCGAGGAGUCAUAACGGGAGAACAUCUAGCGCAGUGUCUUAACACGGUCGACGCGACUCUAAGAGACUUGAAGCAAACUGCCGAAGAAGUUGAAACAGUUUCGCAGCACGACAAUGAAGUAAUUUUAACAAUAAUUCAGCCGUUGCAACGUUUAUCAGCAAUCAUAGUCAAGGCUCCGCAGGAGCUGUGGCAGCCUUUAGUAGCCGACGUCGAUCAACCGGAGUUCUCCCGAGCAAUUCUUGCGGUCAAACAAGCCCUAACCAAGGGAACGGCACCGGAAGCAACAGUUAUAUCUGUAGUAGAACCUUCGCUGCAAUCUUUGUGCGCAUCUUUGUCUGAGAUUGCACGCGCAGAACCAUUGCAUCAAAUAGUCAAUGAAUUGAAGACACUUCAACAAAGUAUUGAGCACCUGAAAUCCUCCCCUGAGCAGGGAGCGCUAUCCCAGCAACAGCUGCAACAAUCAACUGAAACUCUUAGUGGAACGCUUAAGAAUUUGGAAGCAGUUGAAGCGCUCAGGCCAGAUGAAGCUCCAAUAGUCGCAAGUACUGUUGAAGCUUUACAACAGCUUUCGACAGUUCUCUUAUCACAAGAGCAGCAAAAAUCCCACGACGUUGAAAUGGACAGUGGCAAAAUCAAGCAGACAACACUAGCACUAAGACAAACUUUGGAAGUAAGCCAUCCACUAACACCCGAUGUUACAGUGCUAUCAAUUUUACGUUCAUCGCUUCUAACUUUCUGUGCUUCACUUUUACCAACUGAAGAGCAGCAACCCAGUCUAGCUGCUGUAGAGCUGGUCGCUUCACUUAAAGUGUUGAAACAGAUUCUUAAGGAGCUGAAAUCUGGUUCUCAGCAAGUUCUGGCACCAGGGCAGAUAAAAGAGGCUCGCAAAGUGGUUAAUGCCACUCUGAAGGAGCUCGCAAAGGUCCCCAACAUCCGUCUGUCAGAAAUACAGGAAAAAUCACUUCAGCGACUAACAGAAGCAUUGAACAUCAUGACCAAAGCUGUGACCACAGAAUUGUUGGAGCUUAAUCAAGCAGCCGUUUCCUUGAAAGAGUGCGUGGAAAAAGAGGCAGCCACACUGUACCCAAAUGAACACUUGCGUAUCAUGCUGUACAGAUUAGUAGAAUUGAGUGUUGCUUUAAAACCCGCGGUGGCUGCAGAAGAAUUUAGCAUGGAAGUGGGUGAAUCUAACAAAACUGAUGGUAUUGUGGAAGGUGCGGAAACUGCUGCUACACAACAGGAAGAAACUCUCAUGGCAACUGAACUGAAAGCUCCUGGUGUACAGGAAGAAGCGAUUGCUUCCGAGCAAGUAGAAAGUGCAACUCAAGUUCAAGAGCAAAAGGUAGAGAAAGAUAAAUUACAAAAAUCUGAAUUGCUAGAAGAAAAGGUAGAUGAAAUUGCACAGGAACCAAAAACUGGUGAUGUUGUGGAGUUAGAUCAAAAGGCAAUAAUAGAAGACGAAGCAAUAGAUUUGGAGCAAGUGGAAAGCUCCAGUCCAGUCGAGGAGCAAAAGGAAGAGGAAGAGAUAUUACAACAAGCUGAAUUGCUAGAGGAAAAGGUGGAUUCGGUGACGCAGGAACUUAAAACACCAGACGGUGUAGAGGUAGAUCAGAAAACAAUAAUAAUGGAUGAAGCAAUAGCUUUGGAGCAUGUGGGAAGUGAAGCUCAAGAGCAAAAAGCAGAGGAAGAAAAAUUACAACAAGCUGAUUUGGUAGGGGAAAAGAUGGAUGAGAUGGCACAGGAAAUUAUAACCCCUGGUGCUGAGGUAGAACAAAAUGCAACAAUAGAAGACGUAGCUUUAAAACAAGUGGAAAGUUCAAGUGAAGUUCAAGAGCAAAAGGGAGAGGAAGAUAAAUUACAACGUGCGCAAUUACCAGAGAAAGAGGUGGAUGAAAUUGCACAAGAACCAAAAACUCAAGAUGUUGUGGAAGUAGAACAAAAGACAAUAAUAGAAGGUGAAGCAAUAGCUAUGGAGCAAGUAGCAAGUUCAAGUCAAGUUGAGGAGAAAAAGCUAGAGGAAGAAACAUUACAAGCUGAAUUACUACAGGAAAAGGUGGGUGAAAUUGCACAAGAACCAAAAACUCCCAAUGUUGUGGAGGCAGAACAAAAGACAAAAAUAAAAGACGAAGCAAUAGCUUUGGAGGAAGUGGAAAAUUCAAGUAAAGUUAAAGAGCAAAAGGUAGAGGAAGAUAAAUUACAACAUGCUGAAUUGCUAAAGGAAAAGGCGGAUGAAAUUGUACAAGAACCCAAAACUCCAGAUGUUGUGGAGGUAGAACAAAAGACAAUAAUAGAAGCCGAACCAAUAGCUUUGGAGCAAGUGGAAAGUGCAAGGGCAAGUCAAGUUGAGGAGCAAAAGCUAGAGGAAGAAACAUUACAACAAGCUGAAUUGCUAGAGGAAAAGGUGGGUGAAAUUGCACAAGAACCAAAAACUCCCGAUGUUGUGGAGGCAGAACAAAAGACAAUAAUAAAAGACGAAGUAAUAGCUUUGGAGGAAGUGGAAAAUUCAAGUAAAGUUAAAGAGCUAAAGGUAGAGGAAGAUAAAUUACAACAUGCUGAAUUGCUAAAGGAAAAGGUGGAUGAAAUUGAACAGGAACCCAAAACUCCAGAUGUUGUGGAGGUAGAACAAAAGACAAUAAUAGAAGGCGAAGCAAUAGCUUUGGAGGAAGUGGAAAGUGCAAGGGCAASUCAAGUUGAGGAGCAAAAGCUAGAGGAAGAAACAUUACAACAAGCCGAAUUGCUAGAGGAAAAGGUGGAUGAAAUUGUACAGAAACCAAAAACUUCAGAUGUUGUGAAGGUAGAACAAGAGACAAUAAUAGAAGGCGAAGCAAUAGCUUUGGAGCAAGUGGAAAGUGGAAGGGCAAGUCAAGUUGAGGAGCAAAAGCUAGAGGAAGAAACAUUACAACAAGCCGAAUUGCUAGAGGAAAAGGUAGAAGAAAUGGGACAGAAACUUAGAACUACAGAUGGUGUAGGCGAGGAACAAAAGACAAUAACACAGGAAAAUGCGAUUGGUUUGGAACAAGUUGAAAGCGUAAUAGAAGUUGAAGAGCAGAAGGCCGAGGAAGAGAAAUUACAACAAGCAACAAUAAUUGAAGAAAAAGCUGAUGACCUGGCACAAGAAAUCAAAACUCCUGAUGUCGUCGACGUGGAACAAAAGGCAACAAUAUCGGAGGAAGCCAUGGCUUUGGAGCCAGAGCAAAGCGCCCAGAUUGAACAGCUCACGGCAGAGGAAGAGAAAUUGGAAAAAGCAACCAUAAUUGAGGAGAAGGCUGUUGACCGGGCACCAGAAGAUAAAGCUAAAGACGUUGAAGACGCGGAACAAAAGGCAAUAACACAGGAAGGUGCAAUUGGUUUGGAGCAAGUUGAAAGUGUAAGUCAGGUUGAAGAGCAGAUAGUUGAGGAAGAAAAAUUACAACAAACAACUAUAAUUGAGAAAAAGGCUGAUGACCUAGCACAAGAAGUCAAAAGUCCUGAUGUUGUGGAGGUGGAACAAAAGACAACAAUAGCGGAAGAAGCAAAGGCUGUGGAGCCAGUGGAAAGGGAUGAAGCUGAACAGUUCAAGGCAGAGGAAGAUAAAUUCCAACAAUCGAUCAUGAUUGAGGAGAAGACUGAUGAGCUGGCACCAGAACUUAAAACUCCAGAUGUUGUAGACGAGGCACAACAGACAAUAAAACAGGAAGAUGUCAUUGGUUUGGAACAAGUUGAAAGCGUAAGUCCGGUUGAAGAGCAAAAGACCGAGAAAGAGAAACUACAAGAAGCAAAAAUAAUUGCUGAAGGGACUGAUGACAUUGCACAGGACCUUAAAAUUUCAGAUGUGAUAGCACAAGAGUUAGAAUUAACUGGCAAAGAAGAGGAAGAGCUAAAAGAAAUUCAACCAUUGAGCGCAGAAAAAUCUGAAAUCUUUGAUGGAGCUUCGCAUCAUUUGGAGGGAGUUGUUGAUGAUAAAAGUGGGGAAGCUGUUGAAAUUGAGUCGGACAGUAAAACAGAAUUGAGUGAAAAAGAUGACGAUGUACAAACUAAGGAAAUGGAAGACAAUAUUGAUGAAAAUGUAGAGCUCAGUCAAGUUAGUCAGUUAGCAACUGUUGAAUCCCAGCAAGAAAAACCACCCAUUGAAGGCUCAGAAGAAGCAAUUAGUGACAAAGUUUCUCAGGAUGUUACCGAACAAUACGUUACUUCAGAGGAGGAGGCUCAUAUCGAAACAGCUGAAAUAUUGGCAGAAGAAGAAAGUGAGCAAAAUUUGAGAACAAGUGAACAUCCAAGCGAAGAAGCUCCUGUUCCAGCCACGGAGCUGGUCGAAAAACCAGCAGCUGAUGAUAACCAAACAACCACCGACAGAGAGAAACCAAAGCCGAAGAAAGGCAAGCAAAUAUUGGGCAUCGUUGCUGAACUUAGCAAGAAGCUUAACAUUGAAGCUGUCAUUCUGAACAACAAAAGCAAAGAGUCCUCCAAAGAAGACAUGGCGAUGACACAAGAAAUUCAGCAAACUUCCGCUGAAUUUUCGUCGCUGAUUGAAGAUGUUUUGGCGUCUGAAGAAUCGCUGACUAUGUCUGAUGCAGAAGCUCAAUGUAUUGAGAGUCUUAUUUUGCCGUUAGAAAAACUAUGUGUUGUGGUAACUCAAGUAAAUGAAGAAAUGGCUCAGUCACAAAUCCAACAAAUCGAACUGCCAGAAAUGCAGAUGGCGGUGAGUUCACUGAAGGCUGCAGUAGAUAAGGCAAUAGACAUUCCCACAGAAGCUCCCCUUAUUGACAGAUUAAGGACGUCUCUUCAAGGGUUUUCUCAGAACCUAACCACCAUCGGCCAGAGAUUCACUCUCCGUAGUCCCAUUGUGCCCCCUCCACGCGAUCAGCUAUCAAACAAAAAUUCUUUAAAAGAAGUUUCUGGCUCUUUAAGUCAGAUUGAAGGUAACUUUAUAGCGCACGAAACAACUGAACCGCAUAGUCUACCUCUAAAGACUGAAGAAGUUGGAGGCUCUGAUGUUCAAGCAGCCGGAGAUAGACGCGAUAAGAAGGCCGUCAAAGCUUUAGUCCAAUCAGUACAAGCCUUAAUAGAAGAGCUUAAAGCUUCCUCAGAAGAACUCUUGGUGCAUGGAGUUGUCCCUGUAUCAAACUUGCUUCAUUCAACUGAACUACUUAAUGAGGCAAUUAUUAAAAUAGCUCAGAUACCAGAAUCAGCCCAAGAUAUUAGUGAUGUUCAAGCUGAAAACAUUGUCAACAUUAAAGAGCCCUUAGAAAUACUCAGCGUUCUUAUUUCUCAAAGUAAGCAAGCGGGGUUGAAGCCUGAACUGGCAACUAUACAAACUGAAGGAGCUAAACAAGCAAUUCAAAUCAUUAACCAACGAGUUGAAAGUAUUUUCCAAGGCCCCUCAGAAGCUCCAGGCAUUAAGCUGUUGGAUCAAGCCUUACAGUCCAUGACCAGCUCAUUUAAUGUUGUGCCAAAGACUGAGACAGCCGAAAGGAGUAGACAAGAUAAGGCUGUUGCCAAGCUUUUAUUAGACUCAGUACAAACCGUUAUUCAGCAAAUGACAGAGGCUCAUAAAAUCGUUGUGCUGACUCCUCCUCAACACGCACGUCUUCUGCAGAUUGUCCAGCCGAUCGAACUCAUUCAAAGUACAUUGGAAAAAGUGAUUGAGUCUCCGGACACUUUCGAAGACAUUUCCGAAGAGCAAGCAGCAGAACUGGCCAGAAUUCAAGCUCCUUUAGAGGAAAUUCAAGCCGUUCUGGUUGAAAGUAUCCAAGCAUCGGUUUCUGCAGAAGUACACGAGAAGCAAAAAGCCGUAGCUCAAAAUGCCAUCGCUUCAUUAAAAGAAGCACUGAAAACUGUUGAAUCCGUAUCGGAGAAAGCUGAGGGAAUUAAACUCCUAGAGAUUCCGUUGAAAUCAUUAUCAGCUUCACUGGUACAUAUUGAAGAUACUACCGAAGUCAGCGUUUCAUCUCCAGCCCAGCUUUUGCGGGAAACGGUUCAAAAAGUUUCACUUGAAGUGCAAACGCUGAAGCCAGAAAGUUCGGAUGUUAGUGCCGCUCCUCAACAAGCUAGUCUUCAAGUACUCGAGAAACCCAUUAAAGCUGUCGAAGCAGCCCUUGACCAGUUGGCUGAAGUUUCAGAAAGUUCGCCUGAAGAAGCUCUGAUACUGAGCCAGAUUACAGAGCCAUUCGAAAAGCUUAGAGUUGUGUUAGUUCAAUCCAAACAAGUGGCAUUUAAACCUGCAGUUUCGGAAAACGUGGCAGCUAAAGUGAAGCAAGCCGUCCUUUCGUUAAAAGAAACUUUGGAAGCAGUGCUGCAAGUCCCGUCGGAAGCUGCAAGUGUGAAGAUUUUGGAAUUAUCAUUGAAAUCCCUGUCGGCUUCCUUAGGCCAGAUUGAGACCUUAAUGGCAGAUGAACCAAAAGACACGACUGAGAGAAACGACAUCGUCACUGCAAAGUUGCUAAUCGAGACCGUGCAAGGCAUUUCUCAAGAAAUCCAGAUUUUGAAACACCAUACUAAAGAUAUUAGUAUUUCUCCUCAACAAGCCAGUUUGGAGAAUAUUGCAGAACCGGUGAAAGAAUUUGAAACAAUCUUGGAAAAAAUCAUAAAUUUUCCAGAAUCAGCUAAAGAUCUAUCUAAUGAAGAGGCUGAAAGGCUUGGCGAAAUCAAGCAGCCACUGGAAAAGUUGAGAGCAGUUCUUGUUGAAGCCAAACAUGCUGCUUUGAAGCCCGAAGUUUUAGAGCAACACGAAUCUGAAUUAAAGCAAGCUGUUGCUGCACUGAAAGAAUCAAUUGAAGGCAUUCUUCAAGUCCCUUCAAAGGCCCAAAGUGCUAAGCUUCUGGAAACGCCUCUCACUGUACUAUCAGCUACUUUGAACAUAGUUGAGUGCGGCAGUGCAGUGGAAUCUGAAGAAAAGAACGUUUUGGAACUAAAAUCGCUAUUGCAACUAGUUAAGAAAGUUUCUUCAGAGAUCCAGACUUCGACGCAAGAGUUUACGGACGUCACUGUUUCGCCUCAGCAAGGUUACAUUCAACAGAUUUAUGAACCGGUAAAAUCAGUGGAAGUUGCUCUGGAGGAGCUGAUAACUACAGAAGCUAUACAAAACAUUUCACAUGAAGACGUUCAGAAGCUGGUCCAAAUUAAGACUCCUCUGGAGAAAUUAAGUGCAGUUAUUUGCCAAUCUGCAGAAGCUGCUUUGAAACCGGAAGUCUUACAAACUACAACAGCUGAAGUACAACAAGCAGUUUCCUUGUUAAAAGGAACUUUGGAAAACGUGUUGCAAGUCCCUUCGGAAGCUGAUUAUGUUAAAGCUGUCUUGGACGAGAUCAUACAGCUUCCAGAAUUAGCCUUGGAUCUUUCCGAGGCAGAGGCUGAAAGACUUGUCAGUAUCAAAAAACCAUUGGAAAAGUUGCAGGCUGUUAUUGUGGAAUACAAACGAGCUGCUUGGAAGCCCGAACUUCUAACCCAACAAGAGUCUGAGCUGAAACAGGCUGUUGCUGCAUUGCAGCAGACUGUUGAAAGUAUCGUUCUGGUUCCUUCUGAAGCUCAAAGCGCUCAGCUUCUGUACGCACCCCUCACUGCAUUAUCAGCGACUUUAACCACAGUGGAGGGCAGCAGCGCAAAAGAACUUGAAAGUCCUAAGAUAUCCGAAGUCACAUCGUUGUUGGAAGCAGUUAAGAAAGUUUCUUCUGAUAUUCAAUCUUUGAAACAAGAGACUACAGACAUCAGCGUUAGUCCUCAGCAAGCUUGCAUCCAACAGAUUUCUGAACCGGUAAAAUCAGUUGAAGUUGCACUCGAACAUCUAAUAGCUGCCGAAAACAUUGUAGAUGAAGACCAUCAAAAGCUAGUUCAAAUCAAAAAACCUCUGGAGAAAUUGAGUGCCGUGAUAUGCCAAUGUAAAGAAGCUCUCUUGAGACCUGAAGUUUCAAAAAUUGCAGCAUCUGAAAUGCAGCAGGCAAUUUCGUCUCUAAAAGAAAGUUUGGAUGCCGUUCUGCAGAUCCCUUCGGAAGCUACCAAUAUUAAAGUCUUAGAGCUACCAUUGAAAACCCUUUCGGCAUCCCUAGGGCAGAUCGAGGUCCUAAUGGAGGAAACGUCGGCAAGCAAACCUGAAAGAAACGACGUAAUCGCUGCUAAGCUGCUACAAGAAAGUAUUAAAGAAGUUUAUCAGGAAAUUCGAGUUCUCAAUCAAGAGAUCAGUGCAAUUCCUCAGCAGGCUGGCUUCGAGGCGAUUUGCGAACCAGUGAAACACAUUGAAGCUGUUUUGGAAGAAAUCAUACAACUUCCAGAAUCAGCCGCUGAUUUAUCUGCAGCAGAAGCUGAAAAUCUUGCUGAUAUUCAUCUGCCCUUAGAGAAGCUAAAGGCUGCUAUCAUUGAAUCCAAACAUGCGGCUCUAAAGCCCGAACUUCAAGAUCAACAAAAGUCCGAAUUGAAACAAGCGAUUGCGACAUUGAAAGAGAAAAUCGAUAGGGUUAUUAUGAAACCGUCAGACGCCCAAAGUGUGAAACUUCUGGAAGUUCCAUUUAAAGCAUUAGCAGCAACAUUGAGCGAAGUCCAGAGCAGAUUUUCCGAAAAACCCGACCAGAAAGAGUUAUUGGAGGCUCUUAGAAAAGUGUCUUCACAGAUUCUAGCUUUGAAUCAGGAAGUCAAAGAUAUCAGCAUCACCCCUCAGCAGGCUUGCAUUCAGAAAAUCCAACAGCCAGUAAAAUCUGUGGAAAUGGCUUUAGAGCAAUACAUUUCCCAACCUAUAACAGCGCAUCAGAUUCCCAAAGAAAAAGUCCAGCUUUUCGAUCAGAUUAAAGAACCGCUGGAAAAGUUGAGCGCAGUUAUUUUGCAAUGUAAAGAAGCAGCCAUAAAACUUGAUGUUUCAGAACCCACUACAUCUGAAGUCAAGCAAUCGAUUACAGCUCUGAAAGAAACAGUUGAGAAGGUUAUGCAGGAAUCUUCAAAAAUUAAAGGAUCCACACAAGUAGAAAUUUCUCUGGGAUCUUUGUCAGCCAGCUUGAGCCAAAUUCAGGAAGUUUUGGACGAAGAACCAAAAGCUGAAAGGCGAGACAAGUCCAUUGCGAAUACCUUACGGGAAGCCGUCAUGCAGUUUUGUGCGGAACUCCACUCGUUUAGGCAAGAUGUAUCAGAGGUGCCUCAACAGACAAGUUUACAAGAGGUGGAACCAUCCGCUAACCUAGUUGCAGCAGCUUUAGAACAAAUUGCCAAAGCCCCACUUCUGGGUGAAGAUUUAUCUUCGGAAGAAGAGCGGCGACUGGUCCAGGUGAAAGAAGAACUGGAGAAGCUCAAUGUUGUUUUGGCUCAAUCCAAAGAAGCAGGUUUAAAAUUAGAAACUCAGCACCAAUCUGAUCUUAAGGGCGCUAUCGCCAGCUUAAAAAUCGGAAUAGAGAGAGUUACUCAGCUUCCGUCUCAAGCCCAAAGUUUGAACACGUUAGAGCAGCCUCUAAAAACGUUAGCUGCGUCCUUAGGGCAAGUCGCCGAUGCUGCUAAAUUAGUUAAACGCAAAAACAAAAAAGCAGCUCUGUUGCUGCUGCAAUCAAUCAAAAACAUAGCGGCAGCAGUUGAAGCUUUAAAGUCGCGCGUUCCGAAGCCCCAACAGUCAGUGGUUCAAAAAACUGAAGACUCAGUAAAAUCAGUUCAAAGUGCAUUGGAGCAGCUGACCGAAGUUCCAGAAACUGUAGAAGAUUUCACUGAAGAGGAUGCGCAAUCAAUUAUGAAGAUACAACUGUCUCUUGCAGACAUUGAGGCGGUUCUACAGCAGAUCUGCUUAGCGCCACAUGAGAAGCCCGAAGAUGUAGAGCUAAGGGUCAAAGUGAGUCAAGCAGUUGCUUUAUUGGAGCAAAACAUAGCUGCGCUUCCUUCUCGUUCUCGAGUGUUACAGCCACCCUUCGCAAUAUUAACAGAUUCCUUUAAGCUACUAGAGAAGGCACUGGAGUCCACAUUCUCAAAUGAAACACCAACAGAACCUGACACACCAAAAGCCUUGCCAGUAGAUAAAAAGUACUUGAAACUGGUCCGAGACUUGGCUAUGCCCAUUGGACAGUUGCUAGAAGAAGCUAAGAUUCUCUCUGCAAAUUCUGCAUUGGUAGAGCAGCUGAAACAGCUUGGAAGCUUUAGGGCGCCCUUGGAACACCUGGGCGAAGCUUUCCAGUUUGUUGAGCACCAAUCCAAAAAAGGAGUAUCUGAUACCAUAGCUGAGAAUGUUUACGAAACAUUGCACGAUUUGAUUGGGCCCCUCGAAACUGUGCUUAUCGAAACGGUUAAAAUAAACUCUUUAAUGGGACACCUAGCAGACUGCAAGAGCCUGGAAAGAGUCCUCAAAAGCCUUGAGACCAGUCUUGAACAAGCUCUGUUGCUUCCGGUUGAGUCUGUCCUUUUAGAAACCCUCUUCAUACCGCUUCAGGAGUUCCUUCAGGCAGUAGCGACCAGCAAAGCUUUCCUAGUUGAAGCUGCACUACGGGAGAAGCAAAUGAAACUAGCAUCUCUUCUGCAACCAUUUGUGAGCGUUAGAGAUGAAUUGAGCAAUUUAAGUCAGGAAUUAUCGCAUGCCUCUAAUGUUAACAUGGCUGUGGGUGGUAUCUUCGAUAUCAAAAAGCCUCUGGAAGAACUCAUGGAAAACAUUAGACUGGCGGAUAGUAGCGAUGAUACCCAGCAAGCUCUGCUGGAUAGCUUUAUUGAGGAGGCCAAAGCUCCCUUGAAGCGAAUCGAAACAGCCUUAUGCUUGAUCAAAUCGAGCUUCGCUACUCCAGAGGUGCUCUCCUUAGAAAGAGCCCAAAUAUGCGGCUGCCUUAAAGAACAAAUAGCCUUUAUUGACAACGAAAACAUGCAAGGAAAGUUUGCUCCCCUGCAUCUAGAGGCAAGCCUAAACGAGCUCAAGCUCCCUCUAGGAAGAGUUGUGGAGGAGUUUAACAAACAGAGAAACGACUAUAUGGCUUUAGCAAAUCUGACUAAGUCUCUCCGCAACUUAGCCAGUGGCACAUCAAAAAUAAGCACCAAUGCAAAAAUCUUCAAAGAAAUAGACGAAGAAAGCUUGCUUAAAUUCGAAAGCCUGGUCGAACCGGUAAAUGUGUUCCUUGAUAACUUGCAGCUAACUGAAGAAAUAGCAGAUAACACUGCAGACUUCAACCCGGAAUACUCGGCAAAAGUGAAUGAUUUAGCAGACCAAUUGUCCAGCAUUUCCAUAUUCUUAGACGAUGUUGCAUCCCAGCCCCAAUCAGCGAAAUUACUUGAGAAGAAAGAGCUAAAUAUUGCUGCCAUGUUGAAAGACUGCAGAACCAACAUUGAAAAUAUAAACGCAACAGUGUCGUUGAAUGAGAAAAUGGAGAUCCUAAAACAAGCUCUGGAAAUGUUUCAAUUGAGCGUUGAAAAUUUGAGAAAAGAGUUCUUCAAAGUGGGGAUGCAGAAGAGAAAUGACUUUAAGUUAUCUAAAUCGCUGGAAAAACAACUAAAAGACCUAACAAAUCAUUUGUAUCGGGACACAUUUUUAUAUAGAGCAACAAAGCCUUUGAAUAAAUUAAUGGACAAAUUGUCAGCAUCAAGGAAGAACUUGCUGCAGGGCAAUGAGGAUUCUGUGCCAAAUGACCUUCCAGAGGAAGAAUCAACACAGCUGCAUCUUGAAGAGGAAGUAGAAGCAUUUAGGGAUAUCGUGAAACAUAUCAAAUCUGAGGAUGACUUAAUUCCUCGAAAGGGUAACCUCAAGCAGUCUCUGAAGAAGAUCGACACGCAAUUAGCAAAAAUGUCCACAAUGGUUGCUUUAUCGCCAACAUUGAUGAUCGUCUCCGAAGAACUAGCUAUCCUGAAAGAAACCCUUAAAAGUAUUGCAAAAGACAUUGAUGAACUAGGGGAUCAAGUCGAAGAAAUACUGGUUAUUCAAAAUGACAAUGAUGAACCAGAAAUUAAAAUAGAAGAUGAAAAGGUCCCCGAGGGUGUUGAAUUAAUUCUGCAGUCUGAAGAAUCCCGGUUGAGCAACGAAAAAACUCCAAUAGCUGUAGAACAAGCGGAAGUAGUGAUCGAAAACAAAGUAGACGAGCAAAUUAAGCGUGAACUCAAAGCGGACAAGGAAGGGGUACCAGAGGAGGAAAAACUAACGAUUAAAGCUGAAGCGGACAAGAAGGAAGAUGAUACUGAUAUUGAAACUAGAAAAAUUCAGGACGAAGCUGAUGAUAAAGCAAUGAAGACAAAGAAUGACGCUGAGCUUCAAGUUCAAAAGCAAAUUGAAGAAGUGCAGGCUAAAGAAGAGAAGGAAAAUGCUGAUGUUGGAGCUCACAAGAAGGACAAAGAUGUUGGGGAUAAAGCUAAACAGGAAAUAGACGAUGACGUUAAAACUAAAAAAGAGAAAGAAGAGGAGGAAGCUAAAGUUACAAAAGCAAACAAAGACGAUAAUCUCAGAUUUGAAAAACAAAUGGAAGAAAAUACAGAACUGGAUGUUAAAACAGAGAAGAGCAAAGAAGAUGUAGAUUCUAAAGUUAAAUCACGUAAAAAGUUGACAGAGGAAGAAAGCAUCGAAGCAAACGCUAGACCAGAAAAGACUGAUGAUAAAGAUAGUCAAGAGAAGAUGGGAGAGGAAACUGAAAUUAGAGAAGCCAAAGAAGAACGGAAUGUUAAAGACCAGAACAAAAAUGAGGAAGAGCAAACUGAACUUAAAAUGAAAAAAGCAGUUGCUGAUGCUAAAGCAGAAAAUGAGAAAGGAGAAACUGAAGAUAAGAUAGCAACAGGGAAGCAAGAUGCAGAACUUAAAGCUGAAAAACAAAAGAAAGCGAAGGAACCUAAAGUUAAAAAGAAGAAGGAUGGGGCGCUUCUUAAAGCCGAAAAAGUGAAGGAAGAGGCAACAGCUAUACCUGAAGAGGAAAAAGAUGAACUAGAUCGUACAUCUCAGAAGGAAAAGCAUGUGUCGGAAGCUGAAGCUAGAAAGGAAAAAGAAGAUGCAGAUCUCAAAGCUGAAAAAGAGAAACAUGAGGCAGAAGUAAAAGCAAGAACGGAAAAUGAAGAGGCCAAUCUUAAAGCUGAAAAGGAGAAGGAAGAGGCGCAAUCCAAAGCCAAAAAGGAGAAGGAAGAUGCAGAUCUUAAGGCUGAAAAAGCCAAGGAAGAGGCGAAAGCCAAGGCUCGGAAAGAGCAGGAAGACGAGCAUCGUGAAGUUGAAAAUAAGAAAGAAGAGGCAAACGCGGAAGCUAGAAAGCAAAAAGAAGAAGCAGAUCUUCAAGCUGAAAAAGAGAAGAUAGAGGCAGAUGUUAAAGCCAGACAACAGAAGGAAGAGGCGGAUCUUAAAGCUCAAAGAGAGAAAGAAGCAGCGGAAGCUAAAUCUAGACAAGAAAAAGAAGAUGCUGAAGUUCAAGUUAAAAAAGGAAAAAAAGCGGCGGAAGCAAAAGCUAAAAAAGAAAAAGAGGAUGCGGAUCGUAAAGCGGACAAGGAGAAAGAAGAGGCGAAGGCUCAGGCUAAAAAGGAAAAAGAGGAGGCCGAUUUUAAAGUUCACAAGGAGAAGCAAGGGGCGGAAGCUAAAAUUAGAAAAGAAAAGGAAGAUGCAGAUCUUAAAGCUCAAAAUGAUAAGCAUGAAGCAGAAGUCAAAGCUAGAAAGGAAAAGGAAGAUGAGGAUCUUAAAGCUGAGGAAGAAAAGGGUAAGGAGGAGGCGAAAGUUAAAGUUAGAAAGGAAAAAGAAGAGGCUGAUCUGAAAGCUGAAAAAGAGAAAGAAGAACUCGAGGCUCAAUAUAAGCAAGAGAAAGAAGAUGCGGAAGUAAAAGCUAAACAGGAGAAAAAGGUAAAGGAUGCUAAAGCUAGAAAGGAAAAAGUGGAUGCAGAUCUUAAAGCUGAAAAGGAGGAGAAAGAGGCAAAAGCUAAAGCCAGAAAAGAAAAAGAAGAAGCAGAUCGUAAUGCUCAAAAGCAGAAACGAGUGGAGGACGCUAAAGUUAGAAAGGAAAAGGAACAGGCAGAUCUCAAAGCCCAAACGGAGAAACAUGAAGCAGAAGUCAAAGCUAGAAAGGAAAAAGAAGAGGCAGAUAUUGAAGCACAAAAGAAAGAGCAAGAAGCUGCCGUUAAAGCUGCAAAGGAGAAAGAAGAGGCAGAUCUCAAAGCUCAAGCGGAGAAACAUGAAGCAGAUGUCAAAGCUAGAAAGGAAAAGAAAGAUGCGGAUACAAAAGCUGACGAACAGAAGGAAGCGGCGCAAGUUGAAGCUAGAAAGGAAAAAGAAGAAGCCGACCUGAAAGUGCAAAAGAAAGAUCACGAUGCAGCAGUUAAAGCUGCAAAGGAGAAAGAAGAGGCAGAUAUCAAAGCGCAAAAAGAGAAACAUGAAGCAGAAGUCAAAGCUACAAAGGAGAAGGAAGAUGCAGAUCUUAAAGCUAAAGAACAGAAAGAAGCGUUGCGAGUUAAAUCUAGAAAAGAAACAAAAGAGGCAGUUCUUAAAUCGCAAGAGAAAGAGCAAGAUGCAGAAGUUAAAGCUGCAAAGGAGAAAGAAGAGACAGAUCUCAAAGCUCAAAAGGAGAAACAUGAAGCAGAAGUCAAAGUUAGAAAGGAACAGGAAGAUGUGGAUCGUAAAGCUGAUGAAGAGAAAGAAGCGGCGCGAGGUAAAGCUAGAAAAGAAAAAGACGUAGCCGAUCUUAAAGCUGAAAAGGCAGAGGCAGAGGCGAAAGCCAAAACUAUAAAAGAGAAGGAAGACGCGGAUCUUAAAGCGGAAAAGCAAAAGAAAGAAGAAAAAGCUAAAGCCAAAAAGUUGAAAGAUGAAGCGCAAGCUAAAGCAAGAAAGGAGAAAGAACAGGCUGAUUAUAUUAAAGAUAAAAAAGAAAAAGAGGAAGGGGAAGCUAAAUCUAAGCCCGAGAGAGGUGCGGAAUGUGAAACUGAAAAAGAAAAGGGUGAGACUGAUAUUGAAACAGUAAAUGAGGAAAAGGAGGUCAAAGCUGAAACAAUAAAGGACAGAGAUGCGAAUAGUAAAUCACCAAAGGCGAAGGCUGAAACUGCGGACAAAAACGUGGAAGACGAGAAAUCAAUAAGGCAUAGUCAAGAAGACAUUAAAAAGGAAAAACGAAUCUCUGUCAAGUCGAAAAAAGAAAAAGAGACAUCUCCAAAAACUGAUAAAGGAUAUGAUGAUACUAAUGAUGACGUGAAGAAACGGGAUAUCAAAUCAAGGGUUAAAAAUGAUAAAGAAGCGUCGGAAAAAACUGACCGAGAAAAAUCUUCUGAUCCAGAAGGUCCAGCUAAUAUUCCAGAAUACAAACUAGAUGUGCAUGUAGAUACAACAAUAUAUGAUCAAAGCCAACGCAAUGAAGAUGGGCGCGAAUUAGUAGGCUUCCAAGGGAAAGAUACUUUCGAGGCAGACGAAGAUCUUUUCAAACCGACCACUUACCACGGUCCAAGAUAUAGCGGCAAGAAACCUAUUUUUACAACGUCUUUGUCGGACCGAACCAGUGUAUCCAAUACUCGGGUGAAAAUGACUUGCAGCGUAAUUAGCGAAAGCGGAAUGGUCUUAACAUGGCUGAAAGACGGAGAGAACAUUGAAGGAAAACCGAACUACUAUCAAGCUUUCGAAAACAAUGUUGCUACUCUGGAAAUUCUAAACUCCACGCGGAGUGACGGUGGUACCUACACGUGCGUUGCACGGAAUGAACACGGUUCCAGCUCUACAUCAGCGCUGUUGACUGUUAAGGAGACCUUUGAUUCAGUUCCGGUUACCCCAACCUUUACCAGAGCUAUUAGGGAACAGUACAAGGCAUCCAAUGAUGAGGCCACAUUGGAAUGUCGCAUUAGAUGCCAUCCGACUCCAACAAUAAAAUGGUACAAGGACGACUCGGAGCUGGAUUUCGGAGUAAAAUAUCAUCAAGCUUACCUCGCUGAUGGCGUCGCUAGACUUUCAAUACCUUCUCCAAGCAAAGCUGAUAGCGGCAGAUACACCUGCAAAGCAGAAAGCGGCGACUGGUUUGAUCAAGUUUCUUAUGACUUCAGCUUCACCUCCAAGGAGGAUUAUAUACGACAGAAAAUUAAGGAAAGAACGUCCCAAAAGGACAUCAGCAGUACCAGGUAUCCCACACCGUCUGCAUCUUCUUCUGCUUUAAGUGCAUCGAGUUAUUCCACUGCAAGGAGGCCGCAUUUUUCAGGAGUUUUGACGGAUGCGGCUGUUCCCUAUGGAGGAUUCAUGGCUUUGCAGGUGGAAGUUAGAGGAUCACCCGCUGAAGUUGCUUGGUAUAGAGAGAGCCAAAGACUCUCCAAAUCUUCUCCCAGGCACCGAACAUUCGUGGAAAGAGACGUGCAUACCCUAUUAAUACCCAACAUCAACGAGUACGAAGCCGGAAAAUACACCUGCAGAGCUAUUAACAUGCAAGGAAAAUGCGAAACUUCUGCCUAUGUACGAGUGAUUCAACCUUCCCAUGUUCGGGAUGGAAAGCCAGCGAUGUUCCUGUCCAGACCCGACAAGUACAUGCGAGUUACUGAAGGAGAAGAUAUAUCGGUUUCCUUCCGAGUAGCUGGCGAUCCUAAACCGAAAGUUACGUGGAUGAAAGGCCUCACGGAUAUCACCGAUAGCAUGCGCUCGAUGAGGUGGACCUCAGAUGAUUACACCCGAUUAACGCUCAAAAGGGCCACUUUAGAUGAUUGGGGGACUUACUGUAUAAUGGCAAAGAACCGACAUGGGUGCGAUAGAGCCUUUUUCACAGUACGACUGAGGGAAAGGGCCAGAUCGCUCACUCCCAACAGAGAGCCCAUUCAGAAUAUUUUGGACGAUAUUCCGUCCUACAAAGAGCGCCUGUAUCGAAAAGCUGUCCCAAGUCCAAUACCCGCCGAGCCUGUGGUGAAAGACUCGGGCAGAAAUUGGGUAUCGUUGUCCUGGGACAAACCAGACCAAACUAGCAUAGCUCCUGUUUUGGCGUACCGCGUGGAUAUGUGGCAUAAGGGAAGCGAUGGAGGCGCGCAGUGGACUACUUUGGGAGUGAGCAGCUUAACUAGCUUUGAUGCUUUCAACCUGCUCACUGGAGGAGAGUAUCAGUUUAGAGUUACGCCGAGAAACCGGUAUGGCUGGGGCGAAAGCGUGGUCAGUUCACCAUUCACAGUAGGGAAACCUGAGGAAAUGCCGGAAUUCAUCAAAAUCCUUCCAGGACAAAUGAAAGUUCUAGUGGGAUCCGACAUUUCCCUGGAAUGCGAGGUUACAGGUGAGCCUUCCCCAAAAAUCCGCUGGCUCAAAGAUGCGGUCGAAAUAUUCCCUGAAGAAAACGAUCGCUACAUCAGCUCCAGCAAAUCUGGACUUUGUUGCCUGACCAUCAGAAAUGUUCAAGAAGAGGACACUGGCCGGUUCAUGUGUGAAGCAGUUAACAAGGCUGGACGCGUGUCCACAUUUGCCCGACUAUGUAUAGUUCGCGACUCCAAAGUUCUAUUAGCCGACCGGAACCUGAAGCUAUUCCUCAAAGACUUUGACAACACCAAGGACCAUCCGCCACAUUUUACAAUGCGUCUGAGGGACCGGCGGGUGCAAAUGACUUAUCCGGUGCGAUUGACUUGCCAGGUGGCUGGAUGUCCGGAACCAGAAGUUAAAUGGUUCAAAGAUGGCCAGCCAAUACUGCCCAACAGUCGACUGACCUUCUCUUCAGAAGACUCUUUCCACACGUUGGAGAUCGACAAAGCCACUCUGGAAGAUUCCGGAGUUUACUCCAUAUCGGUUGCCAACAAGUUUGGAUCGGUAGCCUGCAAGAGCCACUUAGUGGUGGAUAAAGGCAUUAAGGCCUAUAUAACACCUCAGUUUAGUACGCAACUGGAACCCUCCCAGUGCCGAGCUAAAGAAGGAGGAGAGUUGCGACUCUCUGCCCGCGUCGAAGCUUAUCCAAGCGUGGGAGUCAUGUGGUACAAAGACGGGGUGCGUUUGAGGCCUUCGAGGCAUUCAGUGAUGACUCUUUCAUAUGAUGGUCGGGUGGAACUGGCCAUUGGUAGAGUCACUCUGAAAGACAAAGGAACCUACUCGUGCGUUGCAACCAAUAUCGUUGGCAGAAGUGAGACUUCAGCGACUGUAGACGUGGAGGAAAGUGAUGGAGUUCUGAAAAAUAUCGCAGAAGAGCAUCACGAUGCUCCGUGCUCCAAAGAGCCUAAGUUCCUGAAGAAGCCCCUCAACACUGAGGCCUACGAAGGCGAUAACGUGACGAUUCUAUGUGAGGUGAUCGGCGACCCCAAGCCUGAAGUGGUCUGGCUGCGAGAUUUUCUUAAGCCCGAUUACUACAAGGAUGCAGCCCACUUUCAUAGAAUAGGCAGCGGCCCGGAAUAUCGCCUGGAAAUUCCCAAUGUGAAGUUGGACUUCACCGGAACCUACACUGUGUACGCCAAAAACGUGCAUGGGGAUACUAAGGCUAUAAUUUCGCUCCAAAUUAAAGUUAAAGAUCCCAUUACGAUGGAACGCAAUAAGAAUAAAACCAGCGAUCUCCAAAAACUUCCAUCAAUCGUCGAAGAUCUGCGGGAUAUCAGAUGUUGCGACGGCGACUCGGCUUCACUGGAGUGCCGGUUUGCCCCAAACAAACCCCCAUUGGAUAUCAGAUGGGAGAAGGAUGGAAAGAUUGUGCGACUGAGCGGCGAUUUCAGUGCUGACUUUGAUGGCGAAAGAGCCAAAUUGAGCAUAGCUGAAGUGUAUCCUGAGGACGAAGGAGAGUACUCAUGCAUAGCUUUCAAUCAAUUGGGAAAAGCCGUCACCUCAGCCUGCUUAAUAGUGGAUUUGCCGGAAGAAAAAGAAAACUUAUUGAACGCCCAACUCAAGAGGCCUCCAAGUUUAUUUGCUGGAGGCGCCACUCCAAUAUCCACCCCAAGAACCACUCCCAACCGAAGCGGAUCACCCAGAAGACGUGAGCCCAUCACUCUGGAAACUAAGCGCAGACAAGUUAGAGCGCUGGCACCUAAGUUUUACGCGUAUCCACACAAUAGGAUUGCAGAGGAAGGUGAAACAGUUAGAUUUCAAUGCGCCGUAGCCGGCCAUCCAGAUCCUUGGGUAAAGUGGUUCAAGAACAACGAAGAAAUCAUCCCCACCAGCAGACUGAGUAUAACCGAGAAAGAAGAUCUGCGGACCUUGGAGAUCAAGGAUAUCACUACGGCUGACUCCGCAGUAUACAAGGUGGUUUUGGAAAAUGAUGUUGGUCGGGUUGAAGCAACUGCACGACUGGACGUGAUUGCCCACCGGAUUCACAGCACGUCCGGUAUACGGGCGAGAAGUUUGUCCCCCAAACCGGCCUACAACGGAUAUUCAAAGAGCAAUUUUCUAAGCGCAUCGGCCCGAUAUGGAUCGCGUGCCAGACUCUUUUGCGACAUCAAAGCAGUCCCUACACCAUACUUGAAAUGGUAUAAGGACGAUGUCCCUAUUGAGGAAGGGGCAAAGUUCUCGUGUAGCUACAAUGGCGAGGUGGCCGCUCUGGAGAUUGAGAACGUAGACUUCCAGGACCAAGGCCUCUAUACGUGUUUGGCAGAGAACGAAAACGGAAGAGCCCAAACUUCCAUGUGUUUAGAGGUGCUGAAGGAUGACAGCGAACCAGCUGAAAAUAUCCAGCCCUACAUUUUAACGCCACUUCCCAGUCGCCUGACUGAGCUGGAAGGUACCGACACAACUUUGCAAGUUCGCCUGGGAGGUUCUGAGCCGCUUGAUCUGGUCUGGAUGAAGGACGGUUGUCUGCUUCCAGACUGCCAAGAGUAUCGACAAGGGUUCGAUAAAAGCGGAAAAACUGCGUGGCUGGUGAUCGAGAAUCCACAAUGUGAAGACUCCGGAAGGUACACCUGCGAAGCCUACAACGUGUUCGGAGAAGCCUCAAGCAAGUGCCACUUGACGGUUGCAAAUAAGCGGAGCAGACAGCCGAUGGGAAUGUUCACCAAAAGUCCCUCAUCUCUCAUAGCAACGACAGGAGCGAUAGCUUCGUUUGGUGCCAAACUGGUUCAUGAUGGCAACAUGAAGCUGUUCUGGGAAGUGAACGGACAGCGAAUAGAACCAUCAGCUACAUACAAAGUAGAGGAAGAAGAAACGUCCGAGGGGUCGGACGUCAUCACCACAGGAAUUCUUCACAUACUCGAUACCUGCAGUUCGGCGACAGUCCGAUGCGUGGCCGAGUCGCAGUCAAUCGACGGUCUGGUACUCUGCAGGAGCGGUACCGCACACCUCGUAAUCGUCGAUCGAAACCUGGUCGAUGUGGUGUCGAUGGGUAUCGGGGCGGAACCCGACAGUGAGGAACCUCAAUUGCCGAUGAGCGCCACUGCCGACACCCUCCGCGAAGAAGUACUGGAGUACCAAAACGUUAACCAUCUGGGCAUGCCAGUGUAUCGAAACCCUCACGGUUCCGUGGUUGAGUUUGUGCAGCCUGUGGAGGAACGAGCAGUGCCCAGAGACUUUGCAGAUGGUGCCCAGUUGGUAAAAGUGGAGGAACCAGCGCGGAUAGUGCGAGGACCUCAAGAUACUACAGCCUUGGUGGGCGACAGGGUGCUACUUAAGGCCACUUAUGUGGGAAACCCGGAACCAUCAGUCAAAUGGACCCGUGCGAGCAAACAGCUGAAAAACGAUGAACGCACCAGCAUCACAUCAGGUGACGGUGUUUCAUGUCUUCUGCUUCAGAACAUCACCACCGACGAUAGCGGAAAGUACGAUGUCACCGUGGAGAACCAGUAUGGUUCCGAGUGUUACUUCGCCUCAGUUUCCGUUGAAGGACCACCAGAUCCGCCCAGUGGGACCCCAACCAUCACAGCCUUUGUCGAUACGGUCACAGUGGCGUGGAGCAGCUCCCCAUACGAUGGGGGCAAAAAAGUCCUCGGCUACAUUGUGGAAUAUUCGCUUUGUGGUAGCGACAUUUGGAGCACAGCUGUAGACGACUGCACCUACCUUAGUCAUGCGGUUGGAGGGUUGCAACCAGGCGGUAGAUACGCCUUUAGGGUGCGCGCCUUCAAUGUGCACGGAAUCAGCAGACCCAGCGCCCAAUCGGGCAUCGUUCAACUGGAGGAACAUAACGAGUCCUCCUCCUUCGAGCACCGCCUCGUAAUGACUGAACCCGGACUAGAAUUCAAAUCCCGAUACGAAGUGCAAGAAGAGUUGGGCAAAGGAAGAUUUGGUGUUGUCCAUAAAGUGGUGGAUAAAUCCACCAACCAGAAACUGGCCGCCAAAUUCAUACGAUGCAGAACCCCGAAAGACAAGGAGAAGGUCCAAGAAGAAAUUAACAUAAUGAACCUGCUCAGACAUCAAAAGCUACUGCAGCUGGCCGCAGCUUUCGAAAAUCCCAAAGAAACCAUUAUGAUUAUGGAGUACAUUUCGGGAGGCGAGCUGUUCGAACGAGUGGUCGCAGACGACUUUACUCUAACGGAAAAAGACUGCAUUCUGUUCAUGCGGCAGAUUUGCGAAGGUGUUGCCUACAUGCACUCCCAAAACGUGGUGCAUCUGGACUUGAAACCAGAAAACAUCAUGUGUCAUACUCGAACCUCUCAUGAAAUUAAAAUAAUCGAUUUUGGUUUGGCACAGAAAAUCAACCCAGACGUCCCGGUACGAGUGCUCUUUGGAACGCCCGAAUUCAUUCCACCAGAGAUAAUCAACUAUGAGCCCAUUGGAAUCGAAUCAGACAUGUGGUCAUUGGGCGUUAUUUGUUACGUGUUAUUAUCCGGUCUCUCGCCCUUCAUGGGCGAUACGGACUCGGAAACGUUCGCAAACAUCACAAGAUCGGACUACGACUUCGAAGACGAAGCGUUCAACACGGUGUCACAAGACGCCAGAGAUUUUAUUGGAGCACUUCUGCUCAAAAGGAAAGAAGAUAGACUGUCAGCAGACCAAUGUCUCAGGCACGUUUGGCUGGAUCCGGAUAAUCACCAAGAGACAGUUGUUCUAUCCACGGACAAACUGAAGAAGUUCAUCAUACGUCGGAAGUGGCAGAAAACCGGCAAUGCUAUACGCGCUUUAGGCAGAAUGACCAAUUUGUCUAAUAGCCGACGGAACAGUGCAAACUCCAAUCCGAAUACCCCACGAACGUCCAUCUCCGGCAGCCUGGUACCGAGAAUGGGCAGCUUGGAAGAAGAAAAGAUGAAUGGGAAAGUGGAAAAUCUGUUCACCACCAGCAUUGUUACGGAAUCUUUCGAUGAAAACGACGAAACUGCAGAGGAAUCGCCGGAGGCAUCCAAACCACCCGAUAAUGGCGAUUUUGAAAGCUACAACAGCCAUGAAAACAGUACCUUAAACUCCCCGACAACUACUGAGGAACUAGACGUGCCACUCGUUGCUUCUUCAGAUAUCACGGAUAACGUUCCCGAAGAAGUGGUUGACAUUGUCGACCCACACGAACUAUCAGAAGAUGUGCUUACCCAACUACCCAAAGACCUUACUGGUGAGCAGAACUUCAAAGCCAAAAAGGAGGUACGAACUAGAGCCUGCAGCGAACGGAGCGACAGUGGCAUAAGCGACUGUUCCACUUACACCCACUUGACUUCGAGCAGCUGCAAUUCGACUCCUUUGUUGGGCAAAAAGUUCCCCAUCAAUGAGGAGGGCGAGUACAAGUUCAAAGCGCACAGCGAUGAAACCAGCUAUGUGUCUUCGACGAGCAUCAAUCUAACAAGCAAUAUGUUGCACAAAGAGAAUCUGAGGGGUAGCUCGGAAGAAAGCGACGUGAGCAAAAGCAGUUCCCAGGAUUCUGAGUUGAGACCGGCGAGGACCAGGAGGUUUGCAGGCCGAUUAGGCAGUAAAAUUGAGUGUUUUCAAGCUAACGCUGUUAACAAGAGUAAACCGCCGCCCUCUCAGGCAGAGAGCUUAAAGCGCCUACCCAACUACUCACUACGCAGCGUCCAAGACACCAUCAAGAAAUUCGACCACACCAAUCCUGCACCCAUCAAAGCUCCACUAAACCCCGAAAACACGCGAUCUUCCAACAUUUUAUCAGCAAGCAUUCGCAAAAACUCGUUCUGUGAUCCAACAAAACUAAACCCUUCAUCGCCCAUCUUAACCAGGAAGACCAUCACUCAUGAAACCAGCAAUCGAUUGGUUGUUUGUAAAGGCGAGACUGAUCCCCCAAAAAUAACUGUGCACAGGUCACACAGUGCAGCGAGCGAAGUGGGCAGAUAUCGAGCGACAAAAAUCGACAAGCUGGUGCAAAAACUGGAGAAGAAUGGCCAUAGGAAAGUGUCCGAAGAUGGUGAAGGGGUGCUGAAUACAGCGAAUCCCACUGUGAGGUUUAGGAGUCCGUCCCCAAGCCUGUUGAGGAAAACGCAAGCAGUGAUUAAUAAGGAGAAAUGCAACGAAAGGUAUAGAGCGCAGAACAAUUUGGAUUCGCCAAGGAACAGAACACCUCGAUCGCCUACAUUGAAACUCCGAGGCAACAACGAGUGUUUUCAAAAAGUGUCUGCCUUCUGGAACAAUCCAAACACCUAAAUUCACUCCAGUGGUCUUAAUUGGACGUUAAUUACCUACUUCACCUAAAUAUGGAACGUAUUAUAUUAUUGCCGAUUUUUGUUAUUUCUCUUGUUGUUGUUCGACUUUGUGAACAUGUAUUAUUCAAGACCGUUAUUUUUGUGUUAUCCUUAUUGUUAAUAUUUUGUUAUUUUCAACUGUGCAAAGGUGUAUCCUCCUAAGAUGUAUUUUUGCGACUACUUAUAUAGAAAUCUAUGUUAAUAGAGCAUUAUUUUAUUAA